UAUCACGUGAUCAAGCAAGCAAGAUGGCCGCCUGCAAAAUAUUUUGAAUUUUGUUCGAGUUUUGGAAUUAUGUUUACUUUAAACCAUUAAAGACUCAUAAUUAUGGACCCAUUACAGCUACCAAAGCCUAAACUGAGUGAUCGAACUGAAGCAAACUAACAGGUGCAACUGCGAUGCCUUCCCUUAGUCGCAAUACAAACUACUCAGUUGGCUCAUUGGCUCAGGAAAGAGAAUCUCCACGUCAGAUUUCUCAGUUAUCCCAUCAUAGUCACAGAGAGGCUGCAAAUGACAGGGCCAGAAGUAACAAAGUUGCUCUUGAUGAAGAGGAGGAAGAACACAUCAGGGCACUUUCACAGAAGAAAAAGGCCAAGAAAAAGAAAACCCCAAUAACUGUUAAUCUUAGCGGCACAAGAUAUGAUAUUGUGAGACAGAUGUGUGAAGCCAAUGGUAUAACAGUAGGAAAGGAUGAUGACCCUAACUGUUAUCUGAUCUGGAAUGACAGUUUUGUGAGCACUGAGAAGAUCUCAGAUCUGAAGCCAUUCCAGAGGGUCAACCAUUUCCCAGGAAUGGGGGAGAUAUGCAGAAAGGAUUGUCUUGCAAGAAACAUGAUGAAAAUGGCCAAGGUUCACCCUGAGGAGUUUGACUUUGUACCUAAGUCAUGGAUAUUUCCAUCUGAGUACAGUGCUUUCCAAAACUAUGCCAAAGAUUUGAAAAAGAAGAAAAAACAUAAAACAUAUAUUGUCAAGCCUGCCAAUGGUGCUAUGGGAAAUGGGAUCCAGUUGUUUCGUAAUGCUGAGAAAAUUCCACAAAAUGAUCACAUAAUAGUUCAAGAAUAUAUUGACAAGCCUUUCCUCGUGGAUGGCUAUAAAUGUGAUCUCCGAAUCUAUGUCCUUGUAACGUCAUGUGACCCUCUGAGACUGUUCCUCUACAAUGAUGGACUGCUGAGAAUGGGCACAGAAAAAUAUACACAUCCGACGGACAGCAAUAUCGAUACCUUAUUUAUGCAUCUAACUAACUACUCAGUGAACAAACACAGUGAAAACUAUGAAAAAAGUGGCUCAGUAGAGACUGGAAGCAAGAGGUCGCUGAAAUAUUUUAAUGAUUAUUUAAGAAAAAAUGACUAUGACGUGCGUCACAUGUGGACCAAAAUCACUGAAAUGUUAGUAAAGACGUUAGUAGUUGCGGCCCCCCAUGUGUUACAUGCGUACAGGAUGUGUCGGCCAGGGCAGGUACCUGGCAGUGACAGUGUAUGUUUUGAACUGCUAGGAUUUGAUGUCAUGCUAGAUAGGAAGUUAAAGCCUUGGUUGAUAGAGGUUAACAGGUCACCAAGCUUUGGGACUGAUGAAAAGAUUGAUUAUGAAAUCAAGUCUGGUGUGAUUGGGGAUACCAUUAGACUACUUAAUAUAAAAUCUUCCGAUCGUAAGAAGAACAUGGCAGCCCAGAAGGCAGAGGCUCAAAGAAGGCUGCUAAGGCCAACCAAGCGUGCAGAGAUGGAUAUGUCAGAGUUAGAUAAGAAACGACAAAAUGUGGAGAGGAGAAAAAAUGAAUUAAAAGACCUACUUGGACGUCUUAGGAAGGAAUCAGUAAGGGAGGACUUUGAGAACAGAGCAUGUGGCUGCUUUCACAGGAUCUUCCCCUCUGAUGACAGGUUAAAGAGAGAGAAGAUGGCCAAGCUUGUGGAGGAUGCCUUCACAGUGUUCUUAGCCUCCCGGGGCACUAACAUGCAGGGAGAGCUUAGGCGAACAUAUAACAAUAAAUUAAGGGAAGAGGAUGUUUUGGACAUGUUGGCCCAGUGUGAGGCUGAUGAGAUGGAAGGGAAGACUAUGGCUUCCACAAGAGUGAGAGGACCAAAGCCUCUCAUAGGCAUGCCCACCCGGGUACAGGAAAGCAGAAAAAACAAUGACUCUGAUGAUGAUUCAGAAGAUGAUUCAGAUGAUGAACCUGAUGAAAUCGCCACACGGAAUCAGAAAAGAGCGCCUUCUACAUUACGUACUAGACCCCCAUCUAAUAUAUCCAUGCGGGGUGGAGGAGUAGCACAGAAUGGAAGGCCAGGGUCUGGGAAAAAUGCUAACAAGGACACUAACCCUCCUAGUCUCUCCAGGCCUACUACUGUACAAAGCAACCAAAGAUCAAGCUCUGCCAUGAGACCUUUGAACAGUCGCCUGAGUAAUGGCUCUGCUAGAACCACAUCUGUACUGGAGAUGACCAAUAAGGAUGAAGAUGAUGAGGCAGUGAAGUCAACUCUACUGGCAAUAAAUGAUAUGAGGAUACGCUUCCCUGGAAAGACUGAUGAAGAGGCUGAUAUAAUAUUAGAUAAGAUUCAUGAAAACUGGAAGUUCCACAAGCCACGGAUAGCAUCAUAUUGGUUAGUGAAACUAGACAGUAUAAAACGACGUAAAGUUAUAGACAUUGUCAGAUCAAACAUAAAAGCUGUCUUACAAAGAACAUACAAAUGCACAGAUGUUGACAACCUCCGAUUAUACAGAAUAUUUAGCCGUGUGUUCAACAGAUUACUAUGGAGCCAUGGACAAGGCCUCUGGAACUGUUUCUCAACUGCUUCAAGUGCAUCAUGGGAAACAAUAUUCAGCAAAAGUUCGGAUGUGAUUGAUCCUCUUGAGAUGUCAUGUUGUCGAAGGAUUGUCCAGUUAUGUCGUGAUUGUCUCCUGAUUGUCUACCAGUUUGCCGCAGAUGCUAAAUGUGCUUCAGGUACACCUAGCAGCAGCUAUGCCACUGAAGACAUGAAAAGGAGAGAGCUUAAAUCAUGGAAUCCCAACCAAUCAGUGAGUCAGCGCUACAGCAUGUCAUACCAUGGUAUCAAUGGAGUGGGCGAUUCAUGA